AUUUCACUGUGACUUCUACACACUAUUUUUUUUUCUUCUUUUUCUUUUUUGUGCGUAAGAAAAUUCAGGAAUCGCCGGCGCGGCGACUUCUUGAGGUUUCAGGCGGCAGUUUUAACUGUGCGAAAGCGAGUUGCCGAAGGAUGAAGGUUUUGAUAAAGACUUUGAAAGGUUCUCACUUCCCGAUCGAAGUUAAACCUGACGAUACCAUUGCUGAUGUGAAGAAAACUAUAGAAACAGUUCAGGGCUCAGAUGUCUACCCUGCUGCACAGCUGAUGCUUAUCCAUCAGGGUAAAGUUCUCAAGGACACAACAACAUUGGAAGAAAAUAAAGUUGCUGAAAAUAAUUAUGUUGUUGUUAUGCUGACUAAGAAUAAGGCCUCAUCAGGUGAAGCCUCAUCAAAACCUUCUGUUGCGGCCACACCUGCAACCUCCACAGGGCAAUCAACCCAGACGGUGACAGCGCCUCCAGCUAUUGCCUCUAUUGUGGCACCUCCACAGUCUGCUCCUGAAUCUGCCCCUACUCCUGCUGCAACUCCAGUGUCUACUGCUUCUGUGACAGAUAUCUAUGGUCAAGCAGCAUCAAAUCUUGUAGCUGGAAGUAACUUAGAGGCCACAAUUCAACAAAUUCUUGAUAUGGGUGGGGGCAGUUGGGACCGGGAUAGAGUCGUCCGUGCUUUGCGUGCUGCCUAUAACAAUCCCGAGAGAGCUGUUGAUUACUUGUAUUCGGGUAUUCCUGAGCAAGCCGAAGCUGUUACACAAGCUACCACAACUCCCGGUGGGCAAACUGUGAACUCCUCAACUGUGCCUUCUCAACAAACAGUACCUUCCAGUGGCCCAAAUGCCAAUCCUUUGAAUUUAUUCCCACAGGGCCUUCCAAAUGUGGGUUCCAAUGCAAGUGCUGGCAAUUUGGAUUUCCUACGCAAUAGUCAACAGUUCCAGACCCUCAGAGCCAUGGUGCAAGCCAAUCCUCAAAUCUUGCCGGCUAUGCUUCAGGAGCUGGGAAAGCAAAACCCUCAGCUUCUGCAGCUUAUUCAAGAACAUCGGGCUGAUUUCCUACGCCUCGUCAAUGAACCUGUUGAAGGAGAGGGGGGGAACAUAUUUGGUCAGAUGGCUGGAGGACUGCCACAAGCUGUCACUGUCACUCCUGAAGAGCGUGAGUCAAUUGAGCGCCUUGAAGCUAUGGGUUUUGAUCAAGCUUUGGUAUUGCAAGUGUUUUUUGCAUGCAACAAAAAUGAGGAGCAGGCAGCUAACUAUCUUUUAGAUCACAUGCAUGAGUUUGAUGAUUAGCAAUCACGUACAGAAGCACUCUUUUCUCUUAUACCUUCAACUUCUCAGUUUUGAAACCUAUUCAACUUUUUCUCACUUUGCCAGGUAGAUUAAAUUUUACUACGUAGCUUAUAAUUCAUGAAUAGCAGUUAUGACACUUUUCUAUUACCUGGACUAUAUGCUAAGUAAAUUUUGAAAGAAUAUU